GCGUAAAGUCACUGCCGUUCGAAAACCCUUCCGAUCCUGUGAUACAGACAGCACCAUCUCCGCCCGGCCGCCCCGGCCACGUCUUUUUGCAAGAUCUGUUCGUGCCCUAUGACAGGACAAAACGGACGUUCCAAGAGCGUUCUAUGGGCACCUUACAUUUCCAGAUUUUUUACCGGUUUGAACUAAUGGAUUCCUUGGCCAUAUCUACAGCCUCGUGGUUGGCCAGGAUCCUACAAUUCACAGCUCUCCACAGCGAGCAAAGAACGUGUAUCAAUCGACUUGAAAAAGCUGAUGAAGCUCAUCGCAAAACGCACUCAUCAAUUCCUCGAGAAGUCAGUAUUUGCGAUCAAUGAUCAUGUUCCUUCAUCCGAUGGGUUCCGUCAGACCUUCGCUGGUCCACCCGAUGAGGUUCUUCUUAUCGGGUAUACCUUCGUAUCGAAAGGGGUGAUAAUGCCAAUUCUCUAUUUCCCGUCCGGAUGGAGAUGACCGCAAGGGCCUUCCCUUUCUCAUGUCUUUCAGUCGAGAUGCGGAUUCGAUGGGAAACUAGUAUAAUUGACUAGCGCUUGACUACUGAUGUGACAGCCUUCUGUAUCUCAUUUCUUCUUGGGACGGCUACCCAUUCCGAGCCGUCGUAUCUACUCUCGAUAUGGAAAAAAUCCAUAUAUACGUACAUCAUAUUUUCAUACAGGCAAUUGACUUCGAUUUCACGC